CUCACGCCUACGAACAGCGACUGACUUCGUAACAAGGGGCCUUCCUAGUUAACUAGAUACUUGAACAAGGGGCUUAAGGGUUCCCUCCUUCUCACGCUCGUGCUCGUAAGAUGGCUAGUCGAAUUCUCCAGCUUAACGGGGAUUUUCGGCCUCUUAGGAAGAAGUGGCUCACCAAAUUUAUACAAGGCCAUCCACGCAUCAGAUCUGUUAUUAGAAGGCCUAUUAAGGCAGCCCGUAUCAAUAGCACGCAUCCAGAUCUGAUCCGUAAGUUUUAUCAGUUAUUUCAAGAGGUGGUUCGGCAAUAUAACAUCUAGCUAUGUAAUACAUAGAAUAUAGAUGAACAUGGCAUUGCCCUCGGAGUCUGUGUCAAUUCAACAGUCAUCGGAGAUGCCUUACAACGCCGUGCGUACCGGUGGAUUUAUUCGACCCCUCGUGAUUUUCAAGGGAGCAGCGCCACAGAGCACUUGGUUUCCAGUCAAUACACCUGAUUAUCAUCUACAUUGGUUACAAACCAUAUUUAAGCUAGAAACUCGGCCUAAUACUGGUACCUGGCGUCUACUUAUACUAGAUGGCCAUGGCAGCCAUACAGCGAUUGAUUUCCUCUGGUUUUGUAAGCAAAACCAGAUAUAUCUAUUGUUUCUACCAGCUCAUGCUUCUCACGUCCUACAACCCUUGGAUUUAGCUUUAGCUUCGCUAGAUGAUGCCUCACCUGUUAAAAAGCAACGCUUUUUAACCUGCUAUAAUUUAGCUCGCCUAAAUUCAUCACAAGUACCAGCCUCAAAACCACGAGCUAAAACACCACCACUACAACCAAUUAAUCUAGCUGUUUUUACUACACUAAAAAGUUUACCGGCUCAAAUUGAGGCCCUAUCAAUCAAGAAACGCAAGAAGGUGCCAGUCAACCCAAAUACCAAGUUUGUAAACAUAGAAGUUAUUAUGAAGGCUCGUAAGGCUGCUCAAUUGCUUGAGGCUUAAGCAGCUGCGAGAGCGAUUGUUUUUGAUGCCGAACAGGCCUCGAAUGACCUUCUAAACCAGAGCUACGAGGCAUGCCUUGUUGAAUUUCAAUUAUAACUACGUAUCGUUGUAUAAAUUGAUCAGAAUAAGCGGUAUACAGCUGCGCAGCUGCGCAGCUUCUGGGGGUGCGCAGCUUCGAGGUACUCCAGCUUA